GGGCGUGGCAGUCGUGUUGUGUCCGUGACGCGACGCAGACGUCAUGAGGAUAUCCCUCCUGAUCUUGCUGCUGGUGGCCGUGGCGGGCGGCCAGGUCUCGCGGCGGCAGCGUGCCCGGGCCAAGUUCCUGGAGUUGGCCGCCAGGGCGCGGAGUGGCGACGCGGUGGCCCAGGAGGAGCUGCUCGCCCGCCGCCGCCAACGAACGCCCUCGGCGGAGCGAGCAGCCCUCGCCGAGGCCGAACUACAGCCGCUGGACAAGGAGCCGCCGGCACGCGUGAAGGCCGCGGUGCCGCCCUCGCUAGUGCCGCAGCCGGUGUUCUCCGAGGGCGAGGCGGCGGCCCUGGAGGAGGAGGCGUCGCUGCAGCGCCGCCAGCGAGGGCGCGGCUCCCACGGCCUGGCGCCCGAGCCCAUCACCUUCCGACCCGGCCUGCUGUCCCAGACCGUCGCCCCUGCUCCCGUGGCCAGCCAGGGCGGGGAGCCCCUCACGGAGUUCGACACCGCCACGGAGCUGCCGGCCCUGGAGGUUGCCUCCACCGACUUCCCCGCCACGGAGGUGCCCCUGGAGGAGGCCCCCGAGGCCCCGCUGGACGCCCCGCAUGAGGAGCAGCUCCCCAGUGAGACAGACGCCGCCGAGGCUCAGCGUCCUCGGCUGAGCGACCUCCGCCCGCAGCGGCCCCGCAACCCCUUCACGCUGCCUGACUUCGCCAUCCCCGCCAUCCCGUCCAUCCCGGCCAUCCCGUCCAUCCUGGCCUCCAUCCCGGCCAUCCCUGACGUCCCCCACGAACGGCAGGCGCGGCCCCGCCCCGCCUUCAGGCCCAGCCAGACCCGAACGGAGCUCGAGCAGCCCGAGGAGCCGCUGCAGCUGUUGAGUAGCCAGCCCUCCGAGGACCGGCCAGCGGGACCCCACGCCACAAAGCGGCCCGCUCAGUCCCAGAGCUCCGUGAGGCGGGUACGGGUCAGGCCUGGGGGACAGAGGACACAGCCAGCACAAGCCGAGGCCAGCGACAGGCAGACGGUGGAAGCUGAGCCCACCGGCAGGAGGCCCUCACAGGCCAGGCCCAGCGGCAGGAGUCCACCGCAGUCUGAGGUCAGCGAGAGGCGCCCGCCGCAGCAAUCAGGUGGUAGGAGGCCUCCCCAAGAGCUCAUCAUGCAGCCCCCGCAGUCCCAGGCAGGCGACAAGCUCCCCGCACCCCCAUCACCCGCCAUCAAGCGGCCGCCGCCCCCACCCCCUACGGCCAGCCAGCCCCAGUCCGGCGACGUGAACCCCUCGGAGCCCCAAACAGACAAGAACAUGGCCCCGCAGCCCCAGGAUGAGGAAAAGAAGCCAGCGCAGCCACAGUCUGAUGACAAAAAGCCGACCAUCAAGCGGCCGCCCCUGCCUCCUCCGGGCCCCGUAGGCAAGGCCCCGCAGCCCCGCCCGGUGGGCAAGCUGCCUCAGCCACGACCCGUGAUCAAACGCCGGCGCCCGCGCCCCGGCGGCAAGCAGCAGCAGCCGCCCAGUCCCGAGGGCAAGGAGGGCGAGGAGAAGGCGGAGGGCAAGGCGGCUGAGAAGAAGGAACCCCCGACCAUCGACUUUGACGUGACGCAGCAGAUCCAGACCAUCCUGCAGGAGCUGGACAGGAACAGGGCCGCCGAGGAGGAGAGCAGGCCAGCCACCGAGAAGCCCAGAAGGGUCAGGCCGCCCCCCAGGUUGAGGGCACAGAGCAAGGCCCUCGACGGAGCCCCCCGCCGACGCGUGAAGGUGGUCCGCCCUGCCCCUGCCGAACGCCCUGCAGCCCCGCGCUUUGCAGCCCCGCAGCCUACAGCCCCUCGCCCUGUAGCCCCACGCCCCGUAGCCCCGCGCCCAGCCCCGCGCCCAGCUCCCGCUGCGCCCCGGGUGAGCAUCGAGCGCGCCACGGAGCCGGCCGUGCCCACCAUCGACCGCUACUCCUACCACGAGGAGGACGGCACCUACGUGUUCGGCUACGAGGCGGCGGAUGGCUCCUUCAAGGAGGAGCGUCGCGGCCCGGACUGCGUGGUGACGGGCAAGUACGGCUACGUGGACCCCACAGGCACGCGGCGGGAGUUCACCUACACGUCCGGCAACCAGUGUGACCCCAACGCCCCCGAGGACCCGGUGCAGGAGGAGGCGCUGCCCCUCAACAAACAAUUUCACAAGCAGACGGUGGAGCGGCAGCUCACACAAGAUGAGCUAAGCCGCGUGGUGCGCCCCGAGCGCCGCCGCCGCCCCCAGGGCCGCGUGGCGCACUCCCGGGUGCAGGAAGAGCAACGCCCCGUGGUGAGGACCGGCAGUCGCCGCCGCCCCGUGGAGCAGCAGCAGUCGCGGGCGUUCGACAUCCCCCAGAUUCCGUCCUUCCCCACCUUCACCCAAGCCCCACCCCUCUUCACGCCCCCAACCCCGGUCUUCCAAUCCCAGGCCCCCAUCUUCGUCACCCCGGCCCCCGAGACUGCCACCCCCCAGACCCAGCAGCACUUCACCACGCCCCCCUCCUUCAACAGGUUCACCACCCCUGCCUCCUUCCGCCAGGCCCCCAGCCUGGGCCACGCCACCCCCACGGCAAGCUCUCGCGGCAGGACGAGCAGCCGCUCGCGCAGCCGCUCCCGCAGCCGUUCCCGCAGCGGCACCCAGACGCAGCAACAGGUGCAUCAACCCGUGGCCACGCAGCCCACGCCCACCACCCAACCCGCCUUCGUCACGCAGCCCCAGCCGCCACAACAGUUUUUCGACACCCAGCACCAGCAGCAGCCGAAGCCCCAAGCGCAGCCCAUCGCCUUCAACUUCGACAACGAAUUCGGUGAUUUGUUCGACAACUUCGCCGUCACCCAGGCACCGUUCUUCCCCGCGACGCAGUCCCUCGUCAGGACCGCCCCGGUGACCAAGAGGCCGAGACCGCACGUGACCUCACGACGACCCCCUCCACCCCCUCCCCCACCCACCACCACCCCUGCGCCGCCCCCACCCCCGCCGCCCCCCUCCCAGGCUUUCGACGACGGCUCCUUCACGCUCACCAGCAACAAGGGCGCGCAGCAGCUCGUCUUUGACUCCGAACUCGGGACCUUCAGGACCGUCCACGUGGCCGCCCAGCCCCUGCCGCCCUCUCAGGCCCCGCGCUCCUUCCAGCCCAUACAGAUCCAGGCCGUCAACCGCCCCGCCCCCACCCCCGCCCCGGCCCCCCGCCCCGCCAUAUCCCACUUCCAGGCCCCGACACACUUCACCUCCAGACCGGUACAGCCCAAGCCACAACCCUCACAGACAAUCUCCAGUCAGUUCCGGCCGCAGUCGGAACCAGUCUCCAGUCAAUUCAGGCCACAGUCAGAACCAGUCUCCAGUCAGUUCCUGCCACAGUCAGAACCAGUUUCCAGUCAAUUCCGUCCACAGUCAGAACCAGUGUCCAGUCAGUUCCGGCCACAGUCAGAACCAGUAUCCAGUCAAUUCCGCCCACAGUCGCAGCCCGUUUCCAGUCAAUUCCGGCCGCAGCCACAACCCCAACCAUCCGUCAGACCAUUCCAACCCCAGCCACAGAUUCCAAGCUCCCCGCAGCCAGCCCCUAGACCAUUCCAGUCCCAGAAUGCAGUUGCAUCACAUUUCCAAGCCCCAGGUACCCCCACAGCCCAGGCCGCCGCCCCUGUACCAGCCUUCCCAACGCAGAGGCAGCAGAUCAAGCACACGCCCCGCCCUGCACCGCUCCCUACGAGACCAGCGGUGAACUCCUUCCCGCAGUUUCAACAAGUGUCACAGGUACAAAGGACGCAGCCUGGUAUCCCGCUCCCGACCUUCAGUUCAAGCUUCAACCCCCUCCCCCCCGUGCCCACUGGAAGCCUGGUCAUCAACAGCCCGCAAAAGACGACGGCGACGAAUGAGUUCGACCGAUUUUUCUCAGAUUUUAGUUUGAGUUUCUAAAAUUAUGAGAAGAGGAGGAGAAGGAGGAGGAGGAAAGAAGGGUGUUUGAAGAAGAAAAAAUGAAGAGGAAAAGAAGGGAAGAAGGAUAAAUGGGUAGAAAAAAGAAAGGGCUCAGGCUCCCCACACCUUAAAUCUAGGGUGUUUUGUUAAGGGUAUAUAAAAACGGGGUCCCCUUUUAAUCUCUUUUUUUUCUGGGGUACUUUCCAAUUUAGGGAUUUUUUUGAGGGGGGGGUCAUAUUUAAACCCCUUUUUUUCUCCUCCUCCUAGACCCUAUACAAAGUUAGCCAUUUAAGGCCUGGAAUGCCAUAUAUUUGUGUUUCCCAUAUUGUUUGUUUUUAUCUUUUUUUUUACUAUUACAUAAUCAUCCCAAUUAGGUCGUUAAGAAUGUCUGUUAAGUGUCACGUCUAAAUGCUCGGUGUUAUUAUUAUAUAUUAUAGUUAAAAUGUAACAUAUACGUGGCGUCUCUCUCUCUCUCUCUCUCUCACUAGGCUAUAAGGGUGGAUGGAGAUCAUCUUCGUAACUCAAAAGCCAUGAGUUUACACGUAAAUAAAAUAAACACGGAACAUACGUAAGACAUGGAGGUCCUGAAGAAGAAGAAGAAAAUGAAGAAGACUGAACUUGAUCCUAAACGGGUUAUAAAAAAAAACUAAGCGGCAAAAGAGACAAGAACACGACUAUGAUUAUAAAGAAGAAGAAAAGAAAUAGAAGAAAAGACAACACACAGCACUCAUACAAACAAAAAUAUUACCCGCACACUGAAUAAAUAAAAUAAAUAAUAUAACAAGCUAGAUUUAUGGGAAAGAAAACAAAAGUAAAGAAGCAUGGAAUCGAAGCACUAAUGAAACCUGAACGAAGCACUUGACACACACACACACACACACACACACACACACACACCUCUGGCCGCUGUAAAUAAUCUGCUUCCACGCAUACGAGAAAAACAAACAAUUACAGCAAGCUUUUUUUCCACUACCUCAAUUUUUAGAUUUUUUUGUCAACCAGACACUCCCUUCUCUGAUCCACUUGAUAGCCAAUAAAAUAGUAAUAAAAAAAAAUGCAAAAUUAUCGCCACAAAACAAAUGACAAAAGAAAAAUAUAUGCAUUUUUUUCUUAAUCUUCAACUUCACCUCAACAGAGAGCAAAAGGAAGAAAAUUUACUGCCUGUUUUCUUCAGUUUACCUCAACAAUAGGCAAAAAAUCAUAAUAAUUGCGCAGUUCCUUUCACAAUUAUCAACAUCAUUCCAUUGGACUUCGAUCUGACAAUGAGCGAAGCAGAAUCAGAGAGAAAAAGACUAUGGUUAUGAAAAUCCUAACCACACACACACACACACACACACACACACCUCAAUAGACAGAACGAAAACAAAAUAGCCCCUUGUUUGUUUAUAACCUAUCCUUUAUAUGCAAACAAUGCUAGGCUAUGUAUAUAUGUUUAAGAUCACUGUUUUAAGACUUGUUUUAAUAACACCUCUAUAAUCUUUACAACCUUACGAAUUACAAUUCAUAAAAACUGGUGUACUAGGCUACGUGGAUUUAGACAAGAUUGCCAACGAAAAGAAAUUCAACUAUAUAGUACAGAUAGAAAGAGAAAGAAAAAUAAUACAUUCCCUUAGUUUCAGAAUUACAUUAUUAAUGGGCUACGGAGAUUUAUACAAAAGACUCUACCUCCUAGGAAAUGUAUACUGAAAUUCAAAAGUCGGUGAUAUGGGUAAACAAAAAUGAAAAAGAGAAAGGAAAAAAUCCUUUUUAUUAUAUAAACUGGAGUAUAUUAGGCUACAAAUAUAUAUAUAUAUAUAUAUAUAUAUAUAUAUAUAUAUAUAUAUAUAUAUAUAUAUAUAUAUAUAUAUAUAUAUAUUUAUAUAAACAGCAACUUAGAAAAUGUAUUGAGAAAGUUGGUGAUAUUUAUGUCUAGGAGGAUAUAAAGGGGAAAAAAAGGAUGAAGAAAAAUGUCAUAAAUAAAUUAUACAAACUGGGUACUAGGCUAUGCCAAUGAAUAAAACAAAUGCCACCUAGGAAAUCCAUUGAUAAAGUUGAUGAUAUGAAUGCCUGGACAAAUAAAUGAUAGGAAAAAACUAAAACAGCGUAGUUUGUACUACAAUAAAAAUACAAAAGACCUCCAUGUGUGAAGUGUGUCGCCGGGUUCUGUACAUAAGCUGUAACAUACGUAGGUGUCUGAUUUGCAUGUCUCCAUAAUAAAGAACUCUUAUUUAA